AUGGAGUUGGAGCCAAAGCCCCGGGGGGUUGAAGAAGAUGCACAUGAGCAUUUACCCGAUUCUGGUACUUUCCUUACCAUUACGCUUACGACUUUCACGCCCCUCAUUGUCAGAUCCUGUUCGUCGCAACUGAACUCUGCCGCACCUGAGCAGCAACGACAACAACAACAUCCCCCUCGUGAACCAACAUAUCACACAACCCACCCGCCAACAACCAACUCGCCUACUUCGCCCUUUUAUCAUCAUCAUCCACCGUUCCCGCCCUGCAUCCGGACACCAACGCCCUGGUCGCAUCGCGCCAACGCUAAUCACUCUGCUCAUCCCGGCUGCUUGGAAUAUCACCCGAUAGUGAUCGGCGGCCCCAGGGUCUUGGGUGACGACUAUGAAUCCUCACCACUGACUAGAUCGCUGUCGUCACUCCACGUCGCAAAACGUCCCCAUUUAACACCUUUCAGAGGGACACACCCCCGAAACUACCACCAAUACCCAUUGACCGCACAUCACAACGUGGACCUUGUCCUGCAGGACCACACGACACCGCCGGCAAUGGAGACCCUACGACUAAAGACUCGGCCACCGGUCGAAGACGAUAUUGAAAACUGGGACGAUGAUGAUUUCCUCAUCGAGGGCGACGACUUCAGCAUCCAGAGCCACUCCACCACCGCCAACGCUCAUCCCCAUCGCCGCGAUUCUCACUCGUCCUUCCGGUCCGAUUUCGAAUCCAUCCAUGGAGAGGAGGAAAAGCAGGUUCACCUGCCAGGAGAUGAUGAAAAGUCAACGUUGGAUGCUCUAGCUGCGGCUGAGAGGGCUGGCAUUCCACUACCGAAAAACGUACCCCCCUCAGCCCUUAUGGGGGGCACCAUCAAGAGACUUGGUGGUAGGAAAAUCAGAAAGAUUAUUCAGGAGGAUUGGGUUGAUGAUUUGGAGUUCCCUUCCGAUGCCGGCCAGCUGCAGAUCAAGAAACGGGAUAGUUCGCAAUUCCCAGAGGCCAUACGGCAGGUUAGCGGCUUGUUCCAACCACGUCCACAGCCGGCGCGCAGAACCAGCGGCUCUUUUUCAGGCCGCCUGGAGCCUGUGCGGAAAACCAGCGGUUCGUUCGGCCGUCCGGAGGCCAUGCGCAAAACGAGUAACACGUUCCCAGGCCGCGCCUUGCCCCCGCAGAAACUCACCGUUAAGCCUAUGGACGUCCAAGUCAGGAAGGCAUCCCGCCCGUCGCUUACUUCAACUGGCCUUAUCGACUUGGAACGCUUUCGGGAUAUGGAUGAUGACAAUGAUUUCUUUGGGGAUGGGACUGAGACUAUCAAAGUGAAGAAGAGGCGCAACACCCUAAAGCCCAUCACCUUUAUAACGCCUGCCACUCCUCUAAAAGUCACUCCGGAUGAGGACGACUUCGAACACGAUUUUGAGCUCCCGAUGGAUGGGACUCUUCGACUCUCGAACCGAAGAGAGACCCCUAAGCUUCCGACCCUCAACACCUCGGAUGACUCCGAGUGGGGUGAAGGAAGUCUUGGAACUCGCUUUGGCGGUACCCGUCGCGAUGCCUUCUCAACCUCAUCUGUGUCGGCCUUCAGUCCCAGCAUAGCAAGUUCUACUGUAGCAGAAAGUGAAGACGAAUUCGAUGGCAUCAUCCUGCCCCCUGGACCACUCAACUGGGAGGAGCGACUGCACCGUCGCCAGCAAAGCACGUCUCCAGAACGGAUUCCGGAAGAACCAGUUAUUGUGGAAAGAGUACAGAAGAAAGAUAGAGAGGAGCAAGAAGACUUCCUCUCUGGACUUGAUAUUGGAGAUGGGGAGGUAUUCGACUCCAAGAAGUUGACCUUACAUCGUAACAUCAAGGUCAAGGACACAAGGGGUGAUAGCCCAAAUCGACCCAAAACUUCGGUGGCUCUCAAGUUCACCAACAAGCCCGUGGCUGCUUCUCGUCUUCCACGACCUAUGGGGUCGAUGGGGUUGUUAGUGAGCCAUGAGCGAACUCAAACACAGUCUUCGCUCGAGCCUGUGUGUGAGACGGGAGAAACAGUGACGAGAAGCUCUUCGCGACGAUCACUGACACGCUCGGGACAUCAUUCUCAGGCUUCCAUCACAAGUGUCAUGUCCUCAGGGGCAUCGCAGCCCGCGCCGUCUACAACAACCACACGUAGGAACAUGGCACAGAAGACGACUACAACAUCACAAAAGGCUGAGCCUACUACUACAAAUGCUCAGCUUCUCCGCAUGAAGCGAUCGGUGCCUGGUCUUCGGCCUCAAAACCAGGCACGACCAACAACAACACGCAACUACGAGCGCCCCCCAUCUCGGACCGAGGCAACUCGGGCGCAGAAUUCUGUACGACCAAAGACACCAGUGGAGCGAGUGCGAAAUAUGGAAAGCACUGUCACCACAGGCCGGAAGGGCUCCGUCCCCUCGGUUACCCCUUUCUUGCCGGCUGGAGCAUCGUCAUCCCAAUCGUAUAAUGUCAAUGCCACCAGGAAUACACGGAACUUGCGUCGACAUGAAUCUGAGGGCGGUAUCGAUUAUCGGCCUAUCUCCCGAGGAACCUACUCCCGGGCCUCCAACAAGCGCUCGCCCAGCCCGCGCAAGCACAGAUCCGUCGAUUUCACGGCUGCCGAAGGCAACUGGAAGCAGCUUAACAAGCCGUUCCGGGUUAGGAACUUUGGAGACGGCCACGAACUGGACGGAUUUGACGAUCUUCCCACUUCCACCCAGGCGGAGGCCAAGUAUUUGAGGCAACCUGUUAACACUGGACCCAAGGCCCAAGCCCGGAAUAGGCUCUACCAGAACAUCGCCCCCAACGAUCGGAAUAACGUUACGCCCUCGCCUCCCGUCACGUCGCGGCCCCCGACCCGGUUCAACGAUUCCAACGUCCCCAGUUUCGCUCGUGAUACCGCCGCGAGCCGAAGAGCCCGGGAAUCCUGCCUGGCCCAGCGCAACGUUUCUGGACAACUUGCUCCACUCACGGCCCAACGCGUCGCGCAGCUGUCAACCAACAGAGGUAACCUUCACCAAUCAACCCCAUCAGCACCACCCCAGGCGACCAUGAAGUCUUCCAGGAAGCUGCGCAAAACUCCCCAGCUGAAGCCGCACCUCAUCUCAAACUUGAAUCCCCCAAAGGACUCAAAGAUUGUUAAGGGCAUGUGCUACAAUCCAGAGACGUUUCGGUGGGAAGGGAACGACAAUGUGCUGCGGGCGUUUGAGGCGCCGGCAUCAUCACCGUCGACGGCAUCAGUAAAGGUGCAGCAUGUCGUGCGCGAGAGGGAGAGCGCGACGCCGCGCCCGGCUCUGAUUACCAACAUUGGGACGACCAAGGGCGUCCAGGUGGUCAAGGGGAUGGUGUUUGAUCCACAGAACAUGUGUUGGCUCAAGUUGGGUCCGCAAAACGACAAGGCAGCAGAGCGUGGACGGUCGAAGAACGGAUCCGUAUCGGAGGCGAUGGAUGACGAGGAGGAUGUGUUCAAGGAUAUUCCCGAUUUGGAGGACCAUACGAUCACCUCCACGGAUGGGGGUGGCGGCAGGACCAGCGACGUCAAGGAUGACUGGCUGGUUGGCGAGGAGUUCGAUGUUGGGCCAGAGUUUGUGCGUCGGCAGCGCGAGGAGGAAGAAAGAUGGAGGAAAAAGUGUCAGGCGUGGGCGACGGGGAGGUCGCAGCGUGGUGAGGCGUGGAAAUGGGCUAUUCGUGAUAUUGUCAAUGGGACGGUGGAAAACUAA